CGCUCGCCGGGGCUUCCCCGGGCUGGAGAGCGCGCCUGAGUGCCGUCGUCCGCCGGGCAUGGGGAGCCGCUUCCUGCGCGGCUGCGACAGCGGAGGAGGAUGCUGUCCGCGAGCGGAGCGCUCGGAAGGAGUGAAUGAGAUGUGCAGCUCGGAGCGUUGUUUCUGAAGGAAGGAGUUGUUGUCUUGAAGAGGAGUCCUCCAUGAGCCUGGCCGAGGCCCGGGAUCUGUGUGAAGUGGACUAAGGAUUUAGUAGGAUGUCAACUGAGACAGAACUUCAAGUAGCUGUGAAAACCAGCACCAAGAAAGACUCCAGAAAGAAAGGUCAGGAUCGCAGUGAAGCCACUUUGAUAAAGAGAUUUAAAGGUGAAGGGGUCCGGUACAAGGCCAAGCUGAUCGGGAUUGAUGAGGUUUCUGCGGCUCGGGGAGACAAGUUAUGUCAAGAUUCCAUGAUGAAACUCAAGGGUGUUGUUGCUGGCGCACGUUCCAAAGGAGAACACAAACAGAAAAUCUUUUUAACCAUCUCCUUUGGAGGUAUCAAAAUCUUUGACGAGAAGACAGGGGCCCUUCAGCAUCAUCAUGCUGUUCACGAAAUUUCCUACAUCGCAAAGGACAUCACAGAUCACCGGGCCUUUGGAUACGUUUGUGGGAAGGAAGGGAAUCACAGAUUUGUUGCCAUAAAAACAGCCCAGGCGGCUGAACCUGUUAUUCUGGACUUGAGAGAUCUCUUUCAACUUAUUUAUGAAUUGAAGCAAAGAGAAGAGUUGGAAAAAAAGGCACAAAAGGAUAAGCAGUGCGAACAAGCUGUGUAUCAGACAAUUUUGGAAGAGGAUGUUGAAGAUCCUGUGUACCAGUACAUUGUGUUUGAGGCUGGACACGAGCCAAUCCGUGAUCCUGAAACGGAAGAAAACAUUUAUCAGGUUCCCACCAGCCAAAAGAAGGAAGGUGUUUAUGAUGUGCCAAAAAGUCAACCUGUAAGUAACGGUCACCCAUUUGAGGAUUUUGAAGAACGUUUUGCUGCCGCCACCCCGAACAGAAACCUGCCGAUGGACUUAGAGGAGAUUUUGGAGGCAAUGCAGGCUGUGACCCAAUUAGAACUUUUUGGGGACAUGUCCACCCCUCCUGAUAUAACCUCUCCCCCCACUCCUGCAACUCCAGGUGAUGCCUUUAUCCCGUCUUCAUCUCAGACGCUCCCGGCGAGUGCAGACAUGUUUAGUUCUGUACCUUUCGGCACUGCUGCUGUACCCUCAGGUUAUGUUGCAAUGGGCGCCGUCCUCCCAUCCUUCUGGGGCCAGCAGCCCCUCGUCCAACAGCAGAUCGCCAUGGGUGCUCAGCCACCAGUCGCUCAGGUGAUGCCGGGGGCUCAGCCCAUCGCAUGGGGCCAGCCGGGUCUCUUCCCUGCCACUCAGCAGCCCUGGCCAACUGUGGCCGGGCAGUUUCCGCCAGCCGCCUUCAUGCCCACACAAACUGUUAUGCCUUUGCCAGCCGCCAUGUUCCAAGGUCCCCUCACCCCCCUUGCAACCGUCCCAACCACGGGUGACUCCACCAGGUCAAGUCCACAGACCGAGAAGCCCAGACAGAAAAUGGGGAAGGAAAUGUUUAAGGAUUUCCAGAUGGCCCAGCCUCCACCCGUGCCCUCCCGCAAACCCGACCAACCCUCCCUCACCUGUACCUCAGAGGCCUUCUCCAGUUACUUCAACAAAGUCGGGGUGGCACAGGAUACGGAUGACUGUGAUGACUUUGACAUCUCCCAGUUGAAUUUGACCCCUGUGACUUCUACCACGCCAUCAACCAAUUCACCUCCAACCCCAGCCCCUCGACAGAGCUCUCCAUCCAAAUCAUCUGCAUCCCAUGCCAGCGAUCCCACCACAGAUGACAUCUUCGAAGAGGGCUUUGAAAGUCCCAGCAAGAGCGAAGGGCAAGAAGCUCCUGAUGGAUCACAGGCCUCAUCCAACAGUGAUCCAUUUGGGGAGCCCAGUGGGGAGCCCAGUGGUGAUAAUAUAAGUCCACAGGCCGGUAGCUAGAUAGCACAGGUCUGGGAGCUGGAGCCUCUCUAUGCGCAGAUCAACAGACCUAAGAAGUAGCAUCGAGGUGAGCUCACGGCCGGUGCUUCAAGACUGGCAUGGACAUCAGCAUCGCGACAGGCUCUCUUGUAUUCUUCCACCUCACCUCAUCUCACGACGAAAUUCAUGAUUGCCCAACGGGACUCAUUUGGAAGAGGGAACUAAGAGUUUUUGGCAACCAAUGGCAGAUAACUAUGGCAGCACAAAAAAAAAAAUCAGAAAAGUAUAAAAAAAUUAUACCCAACACUCAAUCACAAAUCAAGCAAAUCAUGCUUACCCGACGAAUAUUCUGAGCUCUUUUAGUGUGGGUUUAAGAUGACCCAGUACGUGAAAUCAUAAUUCUCUUUUUAUUUCUUGACCUGUUGACCGCUGUAAAGACAUCAAGUGUGGAGUGACAGGCCUCAGAGAGUGACAACGGGGUUGGCACUGACUUCUUUUAAACAAAAGCAAGAGGUCCUCCGUGACUACAGUCUCCUCAUCCAUAUGCCUUUUGACAUAUGACGAUGUCUCUUCAUCACUCCACAGGGCCUGGUCUGCCAUUUUUCCCCCUCUCCUUUGUCAUGUUUGAAAAUUAAUGGGUGUAAAAAUUUUUGUAUUGCUUUUGACUUUUUUUUAGUUAUGGUGAGGAAAUCUAACUGGAAAAGAAAAGCCUCAUAUGAAAUGAAUUUACUUGAAAAUCACAAGACAAAUAAGUGGUUAUUUAUGAUCAAGAAUGUUGCCAAAACAACCCUUUAGCUAUUCCGCAUCCUGGCGAAGAGAGACAGCUUUCUGUUGGAACCUUCAUUCUGUGAGUAGGAAAGGACAUUGGAUCCCAUUGAUGAGAAGGAUGGAAAACGCAUCUGAUUUUCUCAGAAGCUCUAAACUCUAAGUACCAUAAAAUGAUAUUUUUUAUUUUUCCGAUAUCUUGCUGCUGUGAUGCUAUGCAGACAAGUGUCUUCUUCAUGUGCCAUUUUCAAAGAAAAGUCAUUUGCCAAAUAAUUCUGGUACAAUCCUGGUAAUGUGGUUUUGGAUCUUAAAACUGACCUUCUAGUGGAACAAUGGUGACAUGAAUAUUCAGAAUAACAAACUAAUUCCAGGAUCACAAUGGUUCAUCUCUAUCUCUUUUUGUACAUCAGAAAAUUCAAAUGGGAUUUUUAUUUUAUAACUUGAAAGAAAAAAAAACCUUACCAUUAAACUCUUUAAAUAUUUAAGGGAAAUGGCUUUAAGGAGUUCUAAUGAAAAAAAAUUGCCAGUUUUUUUUUUUUGUAAAUAUAAAUGUUAAUGAAAAUGCUUUUUAAUAAUGCCAUUACACUGUAGAGAAGGUAGCAGAUUGAGUGCAGGAUGUGACAAACUUGAUGGAUGGGGCUCCCUCUCCAGAUGUUAUUGUGGAGCAUAUGGGAGGAAGCUGGAGUUCAGGGACAGCUGGCAGGAGCAUGUGGCCGAUCAGCAGCUAGUGAACAGGAAGGGAGCACGUGACCCCACCGUCGACUCCAGCCUUUCCACAGGAAUACCCGCCGUCGGCGGAAAACAAGAAAAUGUUCACAUUCUGAAGGCCUGGCCUUCAGAUUCUGAAACUCCCUCCCACAUCUUCACUCCCAUCCAACCCCCCCCCAUAGAGAUCGCUGGACUGUUUGUAUGUGAAACAGAAGAGUUUAAGCUUCCUUUUUUUUACACUUAUAAGACAAAAAGUGCAGUGUUCAGUUUGUAUGUUUAGCACAUAAUUUUCAUAAAGAAUCUAUAUAUUUUUGCCCUACAGAGAAUUGUUCUACAGGUCACGUGUGUUUUCCUGAUGUUCCUAUGCAGUUCCAGUAUGUCGAAUUUAGUGGUUUAACACUAAGGAGAAAGCGUUAGAGGACCGUCUGAUUUGGGGUUACCUGUUAUUACUUGGUUUUCAAAUUGGGAAAGUAGCAUUCUUUUGACGCUGAUCUGAUUGACUUAAAUAGGCCUGUCUACUGUGGCUCUUCCUACCAAUAGAAAGUAAAGUGAUUGGAAAGAAGGUAUACUUGUUGACAAAGAGAAAAUCAAAAUCAAGGUAAUCAUUACUGCUCGAGGCCCAAAUUGUACACCAUCAGGUCACUGGAACGUGAUAUAUAUUUUUUUUUUUUCCAGUUAGGUCGACUGACCAAAUGUCCUUAAGAAUCUAUGUCAAUGUCAUCUUAAUGUGGAAGGUCCAAGGAACCAGAAAAGUGAGAAGGGCCAUUUAUCCCCCACUGUAACUAUCACCUGUUGGUCCAUGUGAUUUCUCCAGGAAUGUGCAUCCAUUUUAUAAUUAACUCAUCCUUUCACAGGAAGGGGACAAUGGGAGAGGUGUGAUGACCAUGAGAGUCGUCCUGAAACUGGUUCGAUUCUGUUUGCUGGGGAUUGGGUAGGAUAGGCUGUUCCCCUGAGGGAAAUGGCUUCCCCUGCUCUGCUGUCCGUGGUUCUGAUUCUGACCAAGUGGUGCUAUAUCUUCUCCCUCACGGUGGCUGUCUGGAGUUUGUCUUGCAGCAUCACACCAUUAUACCGAUUCUUUGGGUGGCUUGUGACACGUUCCGAGUGAACGCUGACGGAUGUUGCUGUUUCGGGUACACCGUCUGGAGUUAAUUUCCCAGCAGAAAGUGACAGCCCAAUGGACUUGUCAUCAUUCACUAAAUGCGACUGGACGUGUAAAUUGAUUCUGGACUUAACAAAGAUGCCCGUGUGAUGCAUGAAAGUGAGGGAAAUAAACUCGAGAUUUUUUAACUGCCAUCCUUGUGAUCAUUGGCAGAAUUCUGAGUUUUAACGAGCGCUGUUGGGUGAGCUCAGAAUCACCAUAUCCUAUCCUAAGAGUACAGUGGAAUUCCCAAGUAAGAGCCGAGGAGCCAGUACCAAAAGGCCAUGGGGAAUCUGCCCAGUUCCAGUUAGAUCGAUAGAAAAAUCUGUGUGUGCAGCUGUUAAUUCCUCAUCCUUCACUAGCACUAAAUUUGUCACUUUAAAUUUUGAAACCAGGGAAACGCCACCUGUCAUUCUGUCCCCAUGACCCGUAGCUCUUUGAUCUCCCCGUACCACAAGACUUCCUUUAUGAUCCAUACUCAUCCCAGUGUCUACUGAAACCCCAUCAUGUCAUGUACUGGGCACCUUCUUUAAAAAAAAAAAAAAUGUUUACUCUGUGGGUUUGGUUCAUUUCAAUUUCUGCGUUCUGACACAUAUUUUUUUAAUAAAGAUGAGAAAGAGAAAAUGACUGUUUGCAGUACAUUUCUAGACCUACUUUAACUUUACCUCAGAUGACAGUUUGUUAACAUAUAUGGACACAUUAUUUUUAACUUUAUGUACAAUACAUUCAACAACAGUGAAAUUUUUAGAAAUUUUCCAUUAAUUUCUGUAACACGCCAUGUAUAACUGUUAACAAAUAAACAUGUUUGAGAACAA